AGUAAGUGCAGAACUUUAGGGGUGAUGUGAUAUGAUUGUACAACUUAUUUACAAAUGGUUUGUGAGAGGAAGAGAAUGAAAAUAUGGCAAAAUGUUAAUAAUCAGGCCCGGGAUGGCCUCCCAGAACCGCGACCCAGCUGCUGUCAGCGUCGCCGCCGCCCGCAAAGGAGCCGAGCCCCGCGGGGGCGCCGCCCGGGACCCGGUGGGCAAGAGGCUACAGCAGGAGCUGAUGACCCUCAUGAUGUCUGGUGACAAAGGCAUCUCUGCCUUCCCUGAAUCCGACAACCUUUUCAAAUGGGUGGGGACCAUCCAUGGGGCAGCAGGCACAGUUUAUGAAGACCUGAGGUAUAAGCUCUCUCUGGAGUUCCCCAGUGGCUACCGUUACAAUGCGCCCACGGUGAAGUUCCUCAUACCCUGCUACCACCCCAACGUGGACACCCAGGGAAACAUCUGCCUGGACAUCCUGAAGGACAAGUGGUCUGCCCUGUAUGAUGUCAGGACCAUCCUGCUGUCCAUCCAGAGCCUGCUAGGAGAACCAAACAUUGAUAGUCCUUUGAACACGCAUGCUGCCGAGCUCUGGAAAAACCCCACAGCCUUUAAGAAGUAUCUGGAAGAAACCUACUCAAAGCAGGUCUCCAGCCAAGAUCCCUGACUGUCCAGCCUCUCUCUUUGUGUUGUCUUUUUAUUUUCUCCUUAGAUAGUCUUUCUCUUCAUUUCUGUCUAGGACUCUGUAUCUUAAGCUGUGGUGUCAUUUUUGUUUUGUUUCUGUUUUUUAAAUUAAGUCUCUGGUUGAGCC